UGCUGCCUUGAUAGCGUUCAGCUGUUCCGUAGCUAUGCUUGUGACGCACUCCACGACUCUGUUCGGAUUUUACACAUAUAACUAAAUCAGAAGACUGAGCAGAAUCAUUUCGGCUGAGGAUCAGAGGCACUUGCCAUCUGCGAUUUUCAAGUUUAUUCACUAAUCGAACAUUGACGAUGGCAGAUACUGAGCAGGUCUCUUCAACGACCGCUAACGAAGUCGAAGAGGCGCCUAAAGUUCAGGAGUUAGGUACGGGUGACUUCAUAGACAAUGAGGCUGCAGUUAAAGUUGUUGAAGAGGAAACUGAGAUGCCCAGUGAAACUCUGUUGCACUCAGGGAGCACAUCAAAACAGUUAACGGAAUUGUCUGCUCCACCAGAGGAACCACAGACAGUGGAAGUGAUAUCAGCACCAGAGCCCGAGGCGCCGGCGUCAGUAACGAGCACUGUGGGGGAUGCCACGGAACAGCUGACAAAGGAGGAGGAGGAGGAGGUGGCUGUGACCAGUACUCACAAAGCUGAUGCAGUGCCGGAGACAUUAGAUGUAAAAUCCGAACCAGAGAAAAAACAAAUAGAAGAAUUGGCAGAGAAAGUGAUCUCUCUGGAAGCUGAAGUCUCUGAGCAGGUGGUUAGUGCAGCGCCAGUUGUGGAAACAGUUAUAACAGCGCCAAUUGUGGAACCAGAGGAAACCUUCAAAGCGACCGCCGUUGAAGAACCUUCAGCAGCCCCAGCAAAGGAACCACCUUCAGCUCCAGCACCUUCCUAUGAACCUGCCGUUCCCUCUGCUCCCUCUCAGCCUCUUAUGCAGUUCUCUUCAGAGCACUGGGAUUCCCAAUUUGUAGCUUCACAGGCCAACACAAAGGUUUCCAUGGAUUCGUUCACAAAGGACACAGCUUCCAGGAGCGCCUCUGGUGUUGAUCCAGACAUGCUGAGUCAUUCAGAUGAUGACUUUAUGUUUGAGACAAAGAAGAAUCCCUUCCAGGGUUUUUCUCCCGUUGAUAACCCGAGUGAUGGCUUUUCACAUCUUGAGGAGACUACAACAGACAGCAGAAGAUCAAAAAUGUCUGAGAGCCCAACCCCAGAUUUGGUCCAAUAUUCUCAUGAAGGAGAGAUGCUGGAUGACCUACUGAAAGAGUCUGAGAAACCAUUUCAUUCCACGUCAGAGACCAUUGACUCACUUAGGCAGCAGCUCAUUGCAUCUGAUCUGUUUACAUCUGCCACCAAGGAGGAUGAUAACCCUGCUGCGCCUACUUCUCUCCCAGACAUCUUGAAGUCAUAUCCACUCAACCCAGAGAAACUGGAUUCUGGCUCAUCUGAGGGAAGCCCUGACAUAAGCCCAGUCCACAGAGAGGGGAGUGAUUCACCAAAUGCCCCUUUCUCCAUGUCUGCUAACAAUCCUUUUGCUUUUAACACCAAGAUAUCUUUGCUGAAGGAGAUGGCAGAAGAGACUGAGGCAAGAGCUGCAGAAAAUGAAAAGUCAGACGAAAAACCCGCUUCCGAGCAAAGUUUUGGUUCCUUUGACCUUGUUAAAGAGACACAGCCCCCCUUGAAGAUCCAAGAACCAUUACUUGGAGGCCAGAAAGAUGUAAGUCCACCAGGCCAAGGUUCUGCACAGAUGGUGGACCGAUUUGAAUGUCUGAACUUCCCGGCUGGAAAGGCCCAGGAACAGUCUGAUUCAGAAAGUCCUUCUGCUGAUUCUUUGUCUCCAGUUCUAGAAGCAAUGGCAAGAAACCCAGCAAGUUUCCAAGUUGAGUCAGAAAAGAAAGUCCCCAAGGAAGAACCAGAAGCCACAGAUGAGGUAUCUGAGCAAGAGGUGUCUUCUGAGGAGUUUGAGUUUGUUGAGAAGCCGCCACGAGGUGCCAUAGACGAGUUCUUGGAAACAUUAGAUAACUCCAAGUUUUCCAAAGCAUCAGAAAUGGUAUUGGAUAAUGAUGACUUCGCCUCAAAGUCUGGACAGGGAGAAAUAAAGGCUAAUACAAGCGAGGAAUCUCAAGAAAAGGUUAAUCAGAGCUCGUACCUUCUUCUCACCGAACCUUCAGAUAAAGCCUCUGCACAGAGAGGUAAGGCAGGUCUGGAGGUAUCAGACAUCCCGAUGCCCGUCUCGCAGCCUUCUGUUGCCCAUUCUCCAGCGGCAAAAACAGAAGUGGCCGAACCAGUCACAGAGAAGAAAGAAGAACCUAAAGCUGUUAAGACGCCAAACUUGAACGCAGAAGCAGUGGUAGACCUCCUGUACUGGCGUGAUGUGAAGACCACUGGGGUGGUGUUUGGGGCCAGCCUUUUGCUUCUGCUCUCCCUGUCUGUGUGCAGCAUCAUCAGCGUCUUCUCCUAUGUUGCCCUGGCUCUCCUCUCCGUGACCAUCAUCUUCAGAAUAUACAAGGGAAUCCUGCAGGCCAUCCAGAAAUCCGAUGAAGGGCACCCAUUUAAACUUUACCUGGACCAGGAUUUGGCUUUGUCUGAGGAUCUUGUCCACAAGUAUAGUGACUUGGCCCUUGGCCGAAUCAACAGUAGCAUCCGUGAACUUCGCCGCCUCUUCCUGGUUGAGGACUUGGUAGAUUCUCUCAAGUUUGCUGUAUUUAUGUGGAUUCUGACCUACGUUGGUGCCUUGUUCAAUGGACUUACUCUUCUCAUUCUAGGUCUGGUUAGUGCAUUCAGCCUCCCCAUAAUCUACGAGAAGCACCAGACACAGAUUGACCAGUACAUCGCCCUGGUAAACAACCAGAUUAAAGACAUCAUUGGAAAGAUCCAGGCUAAAGUGCCUGGUCUGAAGAAGAAGACGGAGUAAAGAAGAAUAGCUUUCUGAAGUGAGGCAGUCCUGUUGUUUGAUGGGGUCGUUUUGGAAUCCUCCUCAUCACUGUUGUUUUCACAAAUCUCUUUUUCCAGUGCAGAAUUCCUCAUGCCCUGUGGACACCCUUGGUUUAUAAACCCCCCCUUUUUGUUUUUGACAACACCUUAUACCCCCUUCCCCUCAUCAGCUCGUUAGAAUAUGAAACUAAUUCUCUUCAAUUGCUUUCAUUUGGAAUGAGUGAAUAAAAUCCCCACAUUAAUAAUGAAGCAGAGAUGAUUCUGGGGGAAAUAAUCUUGCUUCAGUGUUAAUCUCUAGACAGAAGUGUUCUAUGAGCUGGUUUUGUUUUGUUUUUUUUUUCUAGUUUCCCUUGUGGUAAGAUGAUAAGGUAUGAAAAUUAUAUAUAUAUAUAUACAUAUGUUUUUCUUUUUUAAAAAAGGGAGGGUUGAAUGGCAUCAUUUUGGGGGAAGAAAACUCAGUAUCUGUCCAUAUUUUGGUUUUAAGUUAGUGGUGUUGUGAUUUUACUGUUUUAUUGGAUGACUGUGUAGAGUUUCACCAAGCUUCUAGCUCUACAGUGGCUCUUGUGUUAUACUAGCAGAGAGUUGCUCCGUGGCACUUCAUGCUUUCUGGUAUUUCUAGAAAUAUAGGAAUUUGCAAGAAAAGCGCAUCAAUUAAAGCCAUCACUUCACCUCAUUGCAGCUACAUAGUGAACUCUGGAAGAACAUGUUUACCAACAUUAUUAAUAGUAAUAAUCUGUUUAUCUGUGGACCCAAUGCCUAAAGCUGCAAAAUGUAACAUUAAAAAAUUUCAAGCAUUGUUUGUUAUGCAAGUAUUUGUGAAUGAUACUUCAUACAGUUGUGAUGAACUCUCUGUGGAAUGCAUUGUGAAAUGUAAACAAAGUACCAAUAAAUAAAGCUUCUAGAUGAA